GGUGGAGAGAAUCCAGAUCCCACAGAAGCUUUUAGUGCUGCAGCAGAAGCCACUCACCGACCGAACCGGCAAAUUACCGUGAGCGACGCAGCCAUCUUAUUCACCAAGGACUUCCUGGACGUCGGUGUGGCUGCUGCCAUCUCCAAGACUGCUGUAGCCCCCAUUGAAAGGGUCAAGCUUCUCCUGCAAGUCCAGCAUGCAAGCAAACAGAUUACCGUUGACAAGCAGUACAAGGGCAUUAUGGACUGUGUUGUCCGUAUUCCCAAAGAACAAGGUUUCCUGUCUUUCUGGCGUGGUAACCUUGCCAACGUGAUCCAAUAUUUCCCAACUCAGGCACUCAACUUCACCUUCAAGGACAAGUACAAGCAGAUUUUCUUGGACAAUGUUGGUAAGAGGACCCAGUUCUGGCACUACUUUGCCAGUAACCUGGCAUCUGGUGGUGCUGCUGGUGCCACUUAGCUCUGCUUUGUCUACCCUCUUGACUUUGCCAGAACACGGCUGGCUGCUGAUGUUGGCAAGGCUGGUGCUGAUUGUGAGUUCAAGGGCCUUGGUGACUGCUUAGUCAAGAUCUCCAAAUCCGAUGGUAUUAAAGGCCUUUACCAAGGUUUCAAUGUAUCUGUUCAGGGCAUUAUCAUCUACAGAGCAGCUUAUUUUGGAACAUAUGAUACAGCCAAAGGAAUGCUUCCAGACCCCAAGAACACACACAUCAUUAUUAGCUGGAUGAUUGCUCAGACAGUAACAGCAGUGGCAGGUUUUGAAUCCUAUCCAUUUGACACAGUCCAUCGAAGAAUGAUGAUGCAGUCUGGCAGAAAAGGAGCCGAUAUCAUGUACUCUGGAAUAAUUGACUGCUGGAUAAAGAUUGCAAGAGAUGAAGGUUCCAAGGCUUUCUUCAAGGGUGCCGGGUCUAAUGUCCUCAGAUGA